UCUGCUCGGCCUUAUUAGUGUCCGGGUGCUGCGCGAUUGAUAGAUGGUCGGUGUGGCGUGCGUAUGCGGUUGUUGGGAUUAGCAGCAGCUGCGCGAUCAUGAUAAAGAGUAGCGAAGAAGAAACGACUCGCGUUGUGUGUGUGUGAUAGUGUGCAAGUUUGUUUCUUUCUCACUCUUUAAUCUUGCCGUCGCAGUUGCUGUUGUUGUGUGUUGUUUCGUUAGCCAUGUUCGAUGUGCCAGCCAAGUUCUACGAGCUCUGCCGGCUCUGCCUCUCUCAUGACGGCGUCAAACUAUCCAUCUUCGAAGAAGAGGGUAGUCAGCGUAAUUUCGCCGAAAAAAUUGCCAGCUGCCUUUCUAUUGCGGUGGAGGACGGGGACUCGCUGCCACCGAUAAUCUGCCACCGGUGCGUCUACAAGCUCGACGUGCUGCACAACUUUCGCGAGGUGUCGCGCAAGUCCGACGUCAUACUCAAGCAGUACAUCGACUACGCCAAACAGCUGUCUGGCGUCACGCAGCAACAACUUGAGGAAUCAAUGAAAAACAGUAACAGCAGCAGCAGCAGUACGUCAGACGAGCUAACCCCACUGCAGUCGUUUUUGCAAUUGAACCGCACGCUGUUCAACGCCUCGCCAAAUUCGCCGGUGAGCAUAAAUCAAGACCAAUUGCCAAAGGAGACGCGACGAAAUCAUGUGGAACCACAGCAGCAGCAUCAACGUAGUAAUAAUCGCGAACAGCAGCACCACCACCACCAGCAACAUCAGCAGCAGCAGCAGCAGCAAAAAUUAAGCAGCAUGAGCACCAAUCAAGAGGACGACGCGUGUUCAAACGACUCCGAUCCUGGUAGAUUAGAAAUUGAGGAGGAGCGUUACGACGAAGACGAGUUGGCUCGAGAUCACGAGGAGACGAGAAGCAGCUUGCAUGACGCAAAGAGGAUCAAGCGCGAGCAUAACGACGAGCCAUCGCAGCAGCAACCCGCCAGUCCAAUCAAUCGGAUGGACACACCGGAGAGCAACUGUUCGGAUACGCAGGUUGAUCAAGAGACUACCAAACUCUGGCAAGCGUUGGCCAGCAAUCGUAAUUUGGAGAUAACGCGGACAAAUGGCGAGCGUCCCAUGCCUCCGCAGCAUCAGUACAAUAAUAACAAUGGCUUUGCUAGUACAGGCGAAGCGACAAAUCUGUUGCGCAGCUUGAUAAACAAUCGGCAACUCGGCAUUAGCGCAGCACAUACAUCACCACAGGCGUCAGCGACACAGCAGCAAGCAAUGCCACAGAUACGCUUUUACAGAGACACCCAGGGUGCACCUACGCUUAUCACACCUGCUGACUGCGCUGUGCUCGGCAACAGGACCAAUAUCGAGCCCAAGAACACAUCAAUGGACAGUAAUCCAUCGUCACCCGGUAGCAUUGGCAGCCAAGCUAUCAAUAACGGACCGAGGAAGGAGAGCAAAGGUAGGCGAAAACAGAGCUACCCGAGCAAAGCACCCAUCAGCCCGGUAGAUUACUCCGAGGACGAGCCACUUCACGACUUCACCGCCUGGCCAAGCAAGCUCAAACGGAAGCUGCACGAUGAUCAUCACAAGCAGUUGAUGGACGAGAAGGCGACUUUCUCGCCGAUUUCGUCCAACAACGGCAACAGCAAUCUCGGCGGCACGAACAAUAAUCUCGGCGGGGCGAACAACGGCAACUUGACGCCCAACAGCAUGACCAAGAAGGGCGACAUGUCGUGCACCAACUGUGGCACCUCCACCACCACCAUCUGGAGGCGAAACCUUAAGGGCGAGAUGGUCUGCAACGCCUGCGGUCUCUACUAUAAGCUGCACGGUGUUAAUCGACCGAUGACCAUGAGACGCGACACUAUACACACCAGACGGCGCAGGCCCAAAGGCGAGAAGGCUACCAGGCAUCGAAAAAAGGCUGAUAAUGGAGCUGGCAUGCCGACGCAGCAGCCAACCGAGCAAAUGGAUCCGGAGAGCGCGGACAUGCUCGAGGCUCUGCGCCGUCAGAUCCAACCGCAUUUGAUGAUGGCCGCACUCUCGACGCCCACGCAAUCGCAGGUGAGGACUGCACCGCUCGGCGCCGCUCCCAUCAACUUCAGCAUUCCUCCGUCGGCAUUAACCUCCUUCAUGAUGCAACACGUGAAGCAAGAGAAUGAACACCACGAAGACGGCUACGAUAUGGACGACGACGGCGAUGAGGAGAACAUGGCGGACGUUCCGCUUAAUUUGGUGGCUACGUCUUUGGCCGAAGAGGCACACUGACGCCGCGGAUACUCGGCAUCAUCGGCAACUCGAGCUCUCUGAUCAAACGCCCCCAUGAGGGACAAUAAUUCACGUAAACACAAUUAAGAAUCAGGCGACAGGAUUAACCUCUGAUAUUACGAAUUCGAGUCGCAGUAUUAAGCAAUUAAUACACACUUAUACUUAUCUACAGAGAUUUGUAAAUAGCGAAGAAAAUGCGUAUACGAGGAGAUAUUUUUUUACGAAAUUUUACUUGCGGGCCGACACGAGAAUAAUUAUAAUUAACUAUUUUUUUAUACGCGCUCUCUAAAGCAAAUGUAAACAAAAUAACAAAAAAAGCGAAGAAGCAGAAGCGUUCGCAAACUCGACGAUAGCGAGUGGUUUUUGGGCAUUUUGUGUGAGCAGCACUCUGAUAUUUUUUUUCUCUAUCUCUCUGCACCGCGUGACUGAAUUACCAUUAUACCGGUGGGAGUGAACCAUGCCAGCAGAUCUUUAAUUUUUACACAGCCCUGAUUGCUGUCUUUCAUGAACCAUCUCUCUUUAUUUCGACGUCGCUCAAUGCUGAUCGACGUAACUCAAAAUACGCUCUCUUUCUUUCACUUAAAUGUUAUUACUUACGGCCAAAACGCAAAAAAAAUGUAUAAAGUAUUAGCACGUACGUCCGGUAGUUGAUUGUUUUUCUCUUUUUUUUUACAUAUGUGUUUUUUUUUUUUUUUAAUAUGGAAAACUCGUUGUUUCAAUGAGAUUUCUCUUGGCUCUAGCUUUUAUCAAGUAUUAUCUUGCUUACCGUUAGCAGGCUCUUUUUUGCUUAUUCAGUUUACUUUUAAUACUUUUUCUUUCUGUCUCUAUCUCUGUCUUAAGCUUGCACAUCUAAUUCUAAAGAUGAUAAAGGCAUUAGGGAUAUCGAGAAUAAACUUGAUAUACGAUUCAUAGCUGUAGGUUAUACGCGCGACAAGUAGUCGUUGAUACUCUUGACAAUUAUACGAGUAUGUACUUAAACGUCAAUCGUGAUGCGCCGUAAUACUCGUGGUCACAAAGACAAUAUACCCUUCUCCCCCCUCAUCAAUGCUGUAGCAGAAAAAAGUAUAGAAUUACGUUUUAAAAUUACGUUUGAUUUCUUUCGGUUUUUCCAGCUAUUGAAUAAAAAAAACUGUCAAAAGUAUAAUCGACGUAUUUAAAUUAAAAGUGUAAUAAGUGCUGCAGACGAGAGUGAUAAGUCGUUGUCGUCGUAGAGGCAGGCGACACAUGAAGAUAUUUUUCUCCGAAGUUAGUCAGAACGGGUAUUAUUGUGGAAAAAGCGAAUGGCCAGUGCGAUCCUUAGCGAACGCGCCUACCCCUCCUCACCUUCUCUAUCCCCCAAAAACACGUAUUAUCAUAAACCUAAUGUACUUUGCCAAAAAUAGUUGUUAGAGCUGUGUACGUUUGUAACAUAGAGCAUUAACUUAGUUAAGGGCAUCAUUGAUUCAUUUCGUUCGUAGUGAUAUAUUUAUAUAUAAAUAAAUAUACGUAUACGUGUGUACGCUCACUCGCUUGCCUCGACGACGGUCAGACUCGGCAACGACGAUACGUACGAGCAGCGAACAUUUUAUCAGGGGGGAGAAGAGCUUCGUUCGUUAAUCAUUAAAGAUGCAGCCUUUGGACGCGCGCGCGCGUGCAAAUCUAGUUUUUUUAAUGUAUGUAGGAUUAAUUACACGCACUUACACAAGUAAUUGUACGAGUUUGCCUGCCGCAGCGAAGCAAUAACCGUGCCACCGAAUCAUCUCUGUUUAUUUAUUGAAUCAUCGCUCGCCAUUAUAUUUCGUUCAUUCUUAUUCUUUCAUUCUUAUUUUUCUCUUUUUCUCGAGACUAUUUGGAAGCGAAUACUCACGCUCGCGAAACUCGUACAAUGUAAUAAUAAAGUUAUUUGUACAUGGGUGUUAUUUUAUUUUGUUGCUUCAUCAGCGAAUUGUAUAUAAAAAUGCUCUCUAACAAGUGCCGGAAGAUAUUUUUGUAAAAUCUCAAGCGAGCGAGCGUUAUUUGUAAAAAUAAAAAAACGAGGCGUUAUAGGAUUAUUAUUAACAUGUCUACCUGACCGCAUAAUGGCAUUCGAUUUGAAGUUGGGAUAGUCGAGACUAACUUGUCUAUUGUAUUUUCUUUUCUUUUAAUAAUAUUAAUGAGUAAAUUAACUCUUUUAUUUAUCAGUAUUCCAAGAUCAUGAUUUUUAGUACGAUUUUUUUCUUUAGCUUUGUAGGCCUUUUUAAACAAAGCUACUUAACAGAAACGUUCUACUUAAUUAAUUUGUUAAUUACUCAUCGGCUUUUUCGAAAAACUCUCUUUCUCUAACAAACGUCCGUCCUGAGCGAGAAGCCUUGAGAAUUCGCUUUAGACAGGCAGCUAAAACGAGUAUUAAUCAAUUUUAUUGUAUAUAAAUCAAUUUUUGUAAAAUGAGCGAUCUGAAAGUAUUCUAAAAAACAAGCAAUCGUCAUGGUGGACGAAGAGCAAACAUAAAAAAGAAGGCAGCAUAAUUAAAUUAUUCUCUUUAACAGCUGUUGAGAUUAUUCAAGGUUGUGCGUAUUGAUAUAAGUAUUUUUGCGAGAUUGUUGAUUACACGUGUAAGCGAGGAUUUUCCUGUGGAUCAUCUCACGCGCAUUCAUGACAUACAUAUACAUAUAUAUAUAUAUACUUCUAUCUAUAUAUAUACAUAUUUUUUUAUGUUAAAAAAUAUACCCUCGGAAUGGUAUCGCGAUGAAGUAUAUUGUAUCAGUGCCUUGGCGGGAAAAAAAGAUUAUACCUAAAAUGUAUUUACUAACAGGGAAGUCCUCAGCGUACCUUAAGUAUUUUGGAGUAAAAGAUAAAAAGUAUUUAAAGGGGUUAUUUUACUGUGAAAUAUUUAAUGUAUACAUUGCAAAGUCGGCCAGCUUCUGCCGCCCCCUACCAAAAGGGGCGACAGGCAAACACACAGUACAUUUUUCUCUCUUUGUUUUCUCUUUGUAAACGUACAGCCCGCGCCAGUUUUUAGCCUACUUAUCAUACCUUUUUUUUUAGUAUUUUGUACUUCAGAAAGAGCCCCAUAUUGAGGUUUAACGCAGGUCUACUUAAUUUAUGAUUUUACCUUUUAUUUAUGUAUUGCACGUGUUUUUUAAUUGUAUUAUUAUUUUUACUAUUAUUAAUAAAUAAUUGAUUAAUUCAUUAUAAUACGAGUUUAAUUGAAAGUGAAAAGCGGACGAACUUUUUUUGCGACGCUGAGUUUUCGAAACUCACCUUAAUUCAUGCUCUCUGAACUGAGGUGUAACUUAAUGUAUGUAUACUGACCUUGAAAAGACUUCAUUUUUUUGUCCGUCAAAGUCGCGCGCUUAGAUAAAAAUUAUCUUGUAAAAUUCUUUGACAAUACUAUUGUAUAUUGUGACCGCAUAAGAAGUGCAUUUUAAUUUUGCUGUAAAUAAGUUAUCACUGCGACUCACUGUUAUUAGCAACGUCGAACAUCUAUAUUUGUUUAUAAUACCUACUGGUGAGUGCACUUUUUGUGCGUGUGUGUAAUCAUUUUCGUUUUCUUUGCGUCUUUUAUUUUCUGGACCGAUUCUUCAAUAUAGGUUUCAGUCGCAACCGUUAUUGGAUAUUUGUUGAAUAUAAGUUUCGAGCGAAUGUCGAUAUUUGCAAAAUUCUGAAUUUUUUUUAAAUAAAGACAUAUGACA